CGCAAGUCGACAAAACAAGCCAGAGGAAUUUGGAUAUUUGACGCCCAAAUACGAGCAAUUGCGCGUAUCAAGCUUAUAUCCAAGCUCUUACACACAAACGCAUGAGAAUACAGAAACUCAAUCCACCUCAUCACCCCAGCAUCACACGCGACGUGGCCCAAUCUACCUGAACUAAACCACAAUAUGCCACCGCACCUCUCAUAACUCCCACCCACCCUCACAAUGGCAUUCGAACCCACCCCCCUCCGCCUCGCCCUCGCCGCCCUCCUCCUCCUCCUCACCACCAUCUUUCUCCGCAUCCUCGCCAUCCUCCCUUCGCGCCGGCCCCCCGCCCCCCCCCGCACCUCCCCAGCACACAUCCUCAUCGUCCUCGGCUCCGGGGGUCACACAGCCGAAAUGCUCUCUAUGAUCCGCCAUCUCUCGCCGGAGAGGUACAUAUACCGGACCUACCUCGUCUCCUCGGGCGACGCCUUUUCGACGCUGAAAGCUAUUGAUUUCGAGCGCGGGCUUACGGGGGUGGAGACUACGAUGGUGGUGGAUGGGAAGGAGACUGGAGUGGUGCGCGGGGAGGGGUUUGAGAUCCUCACUGUGCCGAGGGCGAGACGCAUACACCAGCCGCUGUGGACAGCACCCUUCACCUCCCUCCUCUGUCUCCUCUCCUGUCUCCGUUUCCUCUCACCCACCCACCGCCGCCCAAGACUCCCCACCAACUCCGGGGGACACAAAACAUACACCCCCACCACCCCCGACCUCAUCCUCACCAACGGCCCCGCAACCGGCGUACUCGUCCUCAUCGCCACAUUCAUCCUUCGUUUCUUCGGAGUGAUAAACCCCCAGAAGGGGGCGCGAUGCGUGUAUGUGGAGAGCUGGGCGAGGGUGGGGGGGUUGAGUUUGAGUGGACGGAUUGUGGAGGGGUUGGGGCUGGUGGAGAGGUUUUUGGUGCAGUGGGAGAAGGGAUUGGGGGGGGAUGGGGAGGGGGAGGAGGAAGAUGUGGUGGAGGGGGGGGAGGUGGUGGGGAAGAGGAAGGGGGGGAGGGAGUGGAGGGGGUUUUUGGUGGAGUGA